CCUGCAUGAAAUUGAGCUGCAUGGUGCACAGAUCUAUAAACGUGCACAAGUUGAAGCUGCCAUCGCGGGCGCCAACAUCUGCUGUCGCGCCACAUCAAUCUGCUCAAGGCGCCCCCUGAUCGUGCAAUAGAACGAUGGCCUCCGCAGCUCGUCUGCUUCCGGGCGUGUCUUUCUGUCCAUCAGCUUUGUUGGAGAACAAAUUUUCCAACAGCUCCACAGUUGUUGCUGCAAGCGCACCCGCCCAGCCGGCCUGCCAUCAAAGUAGGAAACCUUGGAGUGCACGCAUCAAGUCCGGUAGCACAGUCACGUGUUCUAGCUGCAAGGCUGCCCUCGCGAAGGAAUCGCGCAGCACUGGAGUUGCGGGCAAGUCCAAUGCUGAUGUCCAGAGGAGACAAGUCCUCUUAGCAGGACUAGCAGCGGCAGGACUUUCCCUUGCGACGGUCACUCCAGCCCAGGCCGGGAUCUUAUCAGGCUCGCAAGGGCUGGAGCAGGCGGAAGCUCCGGGGCUUCCUGAGAUCGGCCUCUUCAAACAGAUUAAAGAGGGGAACAAGAAGAGGCAGGACGACUUGGAUUCCAGCUUUGAGCAGUCGGACCUCCUGAAGGAGCUACGUAAGAAGUCGGCCGACAAUAAGGAGAAGAAUAAGAAGGAGAUCUUGGACAAGUAUUGCGUCAGGGGGUCCGAGUGGGGCGUCGGUGAUUGUGCAGUGAAAGGCCUUCCAGAAUCCGUGGAAUCGGCUCAGAGUACCCGGAAGCUCCUUUCCGAUGCUAUUGAUAAGUUGCGGGGAAAUCAGUAGUCGAAGGGCGUCAGUAUACGUACGUCUAGGACUAUGCAGUGGUCGUCAUUCAAUGAAAUGGAAUCGAUUACACGUCUCAGUCGUCAUCUUGCCGGAAACGUACACAUGAACUCGAGGGGAGCGCGUCCAACCCAAACACAGGUCAUUAGAUUCUAGACACUACCAUACACGGACAUGGUGCAAUCUCAGAGGCCUGAAGUUGCGAGAUACAGAGGCACCAAGUAGAAGAUAGUACAUGAGGAACUGCUCUUGCCAACCAACACCCGCGUACUGCCAGGCCUGUACGUAUGCAACAAUAAACCCGUUGCCGGCCAAGCGAUUAUUCUAAUCACUUGGCUUAAUCACUUGGCUUGGACGCUGCAGUUCAUAAUCGGCUUGUGGAAGACCG